AUGUGAUACUAAAGUUCCGAAUAUUCUCACCUAUGAGGAUCUACUUGUACGAAUUCGAGCAAAAGAGUAUACAUGGCUGCCGGUUCCAAGCCUUGUGCUAAUACUUUAACCACCGGAAACAUUCGUCUAAAGAGAGAAAAGUCAACGAUAUUUCAUUUAGAUUCAAGUUUGAACCACGUCGGUUUUGUUAACAGAAGAAAAGAAUUUUUCUCUCAGUGAACAAUAUACGUUGGUAGUGCAAGAAGCAAAUCUGCUAGGCAUUAUUAUUAGACCAAUUAGCUUAAUUUACAACUUUGUGUUCUACUUCUUAUAUACUUUGUCUUUGUCUACUUCUCAAUGACCUUACAUUUGAUUACGAUGAUUAAUAAAAAUGAUUACACGAUUGUUCUUUACGACGAAUUAUUUUCGUAAAUGAUAUUUCGUAAGAAAAAAAGAAACGAAUUUCGUGAUUUUUCAUUUGAUUAUAUUAUUCUUUUCUUUGUGCAUGGGGGACCUAUAUCGUUGUUCAACAAUUUUCUUUGAAGACAGUCCGCCGGCAGAACUUCAGAAGUUGCAGGUGUGCCAUCGGACCGACCGUCGAACAUUCUACGAAGAAGAAUCAUUCAGACGAUUGGCAAUAAGUUAUCAUCCGAAAAGUAAAGAGAAUAAUGCUUGCUUUGAAGUAUUUAACUUGAUAGCUGAAGCAUACGAUGUGCUUUCGGAUCCAUUGAAAAGGGCUGUAUAUGAUCAGUAUGGUGAGGAAGGUUUGAAACGUGGAGUUCCGGGUCUUAAUGGAUUUAUCGAACCUUACGUUUAUCAUGGAGAACCUAUGAGAACUUACAAAGAAUUUUUUGGUACUGAUAAUCCUUAUGCUGAUAUUCUGGAUUAUUUAACACGGCCACAGUUAUUAUUUGAAUUCCCAGAAGGUCGUGGAAUAAAAAAAAAGGAGGAGCCAGUGAUAAAUAGCUUACAGCUUACUUUGCAAGAGGUAUUUUUUGGUGGAACGAAGAAAAUGAAAAUUCAAAGAUAUGUCUUCGUUGAUUGUAAUAAAAUAAGAACGGAACUUAAAGAAGAGAUUUUGUCAAUACCUAUAAAACCGGGUAUACCAACAGGAACAAAAAUUAUUUAUCCAGAAAUGGGUGAUGAGAGUCCGAGCAAAAUAUCGGCGGAUGUGAUUUUUAUUGUCGAGGAUCGACCCCACGAGACGUUCCAAAGAAAAGACUCCGAUUUGUACAUGAUUGUUGAUGUGUUUCUGCGAGAAGCUCUUACGGGAACUACCGUUACUGUUAAUACCAUCGAUGAUAGAACUUUUCGAGUUCCGAUAACUUCUAUCAUCACACCAGAAUAUUACAAGAUUGUCGAAGGGGAAGGCUUACCUUUACCAGAAAAUCCAAAGGAGAAGGGAAACCUGAUAUUAAAUUUCAAUAUCGAGUUUCCAGUUUAUUUGUCGAUUAUUAAUAAAGAUUACGUCAACAAAGCCUUCGAAUUACCGAUUACCAGCGACGCUAUAGAAAAUGCCGAAUAUCUUCAUCGCUAUGGUGUUCAACGUUAUAAAAUGUGGAACAUGUUAUAAAAAAAAAGCAUACGAUUUUUAAUUUAUACGAGAACUAUACACCAAUAUAUUUUAUCAAAAUUAUCUCGUUAUACAACAAUCGAUAAUGCAAAUUAGUGUAAAACUGUUAUACCGACAAU